UUUUAAUCUUCUACUCUGUGCUCUGAUUGUCACAAAGGGUUAAGCUGAGAGAGUCGGGAUUUCUAGAGCGACACUUCGGAUGAAAUUGUUAUUGAAGGCCCUCUUCCUUUUCUCCCCCUUAGCGACUCUAUGGUGCUUUUCUUUGCUGCAAAGUAGAGGCUGGAAAAAGAGAUUUUCAGCUCCUGGGAGGGAAUCCGAGGCCUUGUAAAAAAUCCUGGACCUGGCAGUUGACAUAACCGAGAAACAUGGGAUAGCAGUGUGUGAGUGACCCCUGCCAAGCCCUGGAGUUAAGAGAGGUGAUGGCAUCCGAACGCAGGAACGCAGCUGUCUGGGCCGUCCCCCGAGAUGCCCUGAUGGAGGACACAGUGAAGAUGGAGGCCCAGGAGGAGGAAGGAACAGGCCCCUUGGCCGUCCGCUCAGGGAGCCUCAAGGAAUUGUGGGAAGGGCCCAUAACAGAGCACAUUAAGCAGGAACCCGAGGAAGGGCCUCGGGAGGAGUGCUGGGAAGCUCAGUGUCAGGGGCUCCUGAAGGCUGUGCGGUCUCCGCAGCCUGAACCAGGAAGCCUGCAGCUGGACAGCAAUGGCCCAAGGGACACUCAGGCUUCCUUUGGAGGGCGAUCAGACAUCGGGCUGCAGUCUGGGCGAGGCAGGGUGAUCCGCCAUCUGCCUGGCCCUGGAGGAGACGUCCCCCAGCCCACCCACAGCGUUUUGGCCCUGGAGCGUGGGGAAGUGAAGAAGGAGGCUCCCAGCCAGGAGGUGGAGCGCCUGUGCUUCAGGCAGUUCCUCUACCAGGAGGCCGAGGGGCCGCGAGAUCUCUGUGGGAUGCUGUGGAGGCUCUGCCACCGGUGGCUGCAGCCAGAGAGGCGCACCAAGGAGCAGAUGCUGGAGCUGGUGAUCCUGGAGCAGUUCCUGGCUGUCCUGCCCCCGGAGAUGCAGAACUGGGUCAGAGAAGGCGGGCCGGAGACUUGCGGUCAGGCAGUCGGCCUGGCAGAGGAUUUCCUGGAGAGGCAGCAGGAGAACGAGCAUGAAAUACAACAGGUCCUCUGGCCCUUCAAGGAGAAAGCGGAUGAUUCCCCUGAGGCUGAUGGGGCUCUGUCAGACUCUGGCGAGUGGCCGCUCAUCAGAGUGGUCAAGCAGGAGGAUACAGCUGCUGAUGCCCCUUGGCUGGAUGGUGAGGAGGAGGAGAUCGUGCCAGUCAAUCCUGAAGAAGCAGAACCACGUUGCAUACUGCCAGAGAGAGCAGAACAGACUGUAUCCCGAUAUGCUGACUGGGUAGAAGCAUCUGAAAACCAGCAGGAAACUCACCCCCAUAAUGAAGAAGGCAAAUCCAUUCAUUUCCAGCUCCCUGCCAUGCCAGUCCAGCAAAGAUUCCUCAAGGGUGAGACAUGCGCUGAGUGUGGAAAGUCCUUUCGCUGCAAGGAGGAGCUCACAGAACACCAGAGAAUGCACUCAGGAGAUAAACCCUACAUCUGCUCUGACUGUGGGAAGAGCUUCUGCAGGAGGAAUGUCCUGGUUGCCCAUCAGAGAAUCCACACCGGGGAGAAGCCCUUCAACUGCCCGGACUGCGGGAAAAACUUCAACCAGCGAUCGCAUCUUACGGCACAUGAGAGAACCCACACGCAAGAGAAGCCCUUUGCUUGCCUGGACUGCGGACAGAGCUUUAGCAGGCGUACUGGGCUUGUGGCUCACCAGAGGAUCCACACGGGAGAGAAGCCCUAUCACUGCCAAGACUGCGGGAAAAGUUUCAGGCAGAGGUUCGAUCUUAUUCGGCACCAGAGAAUCCACACAGGAGAGAAGCCGCACGAGUGCCCCGAUUGCGCCAAAAGCUUCAGGAACAAAUCCGCUUUCCUUGUGCACAGAAGGAUCCACACCGAGGAGAAACCGUACCCGUGCUCUGGGUGCGGGAAGAACUUCCGGCAUCGCACGAACCUCCUCGCGCACGAAAGGAUCCACACGGGAGAGAAGCCGUACAAGUGCGGAGAGUGCGGGAAGAGUUUUGGCGACGGGUCGUCCCUCAUGAAACACAAGCGAGCCCACACGGGCGAGAAGCCGUACGAGUGUGCCGAGUGCGGGAAAUGUUUCUCUCAGAACGCCGGCCUGGUUCAGCACGAGAAGAUCCACACGGGAGAAAAACCCUUCCAGUGCCCAGACUGCCCCAAAAGCUUCCGGGACAAGUCGGCCUUCGUCGUUCACCACAGGACGCACACGAGGGAGAAACCGUUUCAGUGCUUGGCCUGCGAGAAGAGCUUCAGCCAUCGCUCCAACCUUCUCAAGCACGAAAGAACCCACACUGGGGUAAAGCCAUACAAGUGCCUGGAGUGCGGAAAGGGCUUCACUCAGAAGCCAAAUCUCCUUGUACACGCGAGAAGCCAUUUGAAAGAGGAAGGGGAGAUUGGCUCAGAGGGUGGGGAAAACUACCUCACUGGGCAACCCCAGCUGGAAAAUAAAAUAAGGUCCUGAGUCUGCUUUUAGAGAUCUCUAUUUUGUUACCAUUUGCCACUGUUAUUGAGUGGCAAAGAGGAAAAUCAGGAGAAGAAUGUGCUUUUUAUCUGUGGCAUAAAAGGAAGGGGAGGGUGCCAGGCUGCAGUCAAAUCUCAUAGCAUAUGGAGAGACCACCUUGAAAAGGUCCUUUCCGUAUCAUUCAGUAAUUAAAUCCUGUAGGAAUAAAAGAGCCACUUAAGAAUACAGUCGUACCUUGGAUCUCAAACACCUUGGCUCCCAAACUAUCAAAACCUGGAAGUGAGUGUUCCGGCUUUCAAACGAUUUUUGGAAGCCGAGUUUGUGGCAUGGCUUCCGCAGCUUCCGAUUGGCUGCAGGACGUUCCUGCAGCCAAUCGGAAGCCGCACCUUGGUUUUUGAACAGUUCGAGGAGUCGAAUGGACUCCCGGAACGCAUUCUGUUCGAGAACCAAGGUACAACUUUAUCAGGAAAGCCAACGGUCUAUUUAGUCCUACAUCAAGUUUUGCACAGCUUAGUUUAGUUUCUUCUUCAAAUGUCGCUGUCUCAGGAAGCUUUGCCCCAAAGCCACUCACAAUGAACAUUAACGUCUUCUCAAUAUACAUUACAGUUAAUUUAUUUUAAAACAAAAACAAAAACCUGCCAAUUUGCUGCAACAAAUGUCAACGAAUUCAGAUGCAACCAAAUCAACACGGUACAUUUAGUAUCACAGUAAAAUAAUAUAGGCUUAAUCCUCAAGUGCAGAGGUUACUGAAGUAAAUACAAAAGAAUGAACCUGAUUUGAGUCAUGCUGCCCUCCAAGGAGACAACAGUUCAUGCCAACAAAUGCCAGUCAGGUCAGGGUGUGUUGGAAUUUCAGGCUAGAUCAAGGGUGGCAAACCUGCGGCCCUCCAGGUGUUCCUGAACUACAGUUCCCAUCACCCCUGGGCAUUGGCUGCACUGCUUGCGGCUGCUGGGAGUUGUAGUUCAUCAACAUCUGGAAGGCCUCAGGUUAGCUAUUCCUGGGAUGGAUGGUUCAUUGUUGCUUCCUUCGUGUCUCUCAAGAGGAAGCUGACAGCAGCCAAAGGCAGGUGCUGGGGAGGAGGGCAAGUUGGCAAUUAUUUUUCCUUGCCCUACCAGGGGCUUCAUCUCAUAGUAUUGGCCUUACUAUAUAGUGGCCAGAUGCUUCUAGGAAAUCCACACAUAGGGGGCAUGGAAUUGGGGCAAUUUUGCUGGCAAUGUUUCCUGUCUUCAUGAGUACAGCAAAAGGCUUAGCAAACAAAUCAAACGAACCUGAGGAGCUGGGGAUCCUGAGUUGUUUUCAUCCUGAAGGUGAAAGGUUGUUUUCUGUUGCUCCAGAGAAGCAGACACGGAGCAAUGGAUUCAAUCUACAAGAAAGAAGAUUCCACCUAAACAUUAGGAAGAACUUCCUGACAGUGAGAGCUGUUCGACAGUGGAACUUGCUGCCAAGGAGUGUGGUGGAGUCUCCUUCUUUGGAGGUCUUUAA